UGGUGUGUUAGUAUGUGCGUCUUUCCUGAACAAUUUCUUCUAUCUGAACGUACAACUCGGAACAUGUUAUCUUUCCCAUAAAUAUUUAACAGAACGAACUUUGAAAAACUGAUGAAUCUGUUUUCUGAAUAGUGAAGGUUCGUUUAAAUUGAACUUGAAGCAAUAUCGCAGCACGAAGUUAGUGGGAGCUGGCCCAGAAGGCUUCGUCAAGCAGCUGAAGAAAUAAGGUAGAACAAACCAUCCAUCGUAACCAGUACCUGCCUUGAACAUUCACCACUACAACGUCCACUUUGUGAUAUUUAGGCUCAGAUGACCUUAAAUUGGAUGUCAUUCCAUGCAAAUCAAUUGUAAUGGUCAAGAUGAAGGGUUUGGUCACGGCGCUGGUAUCGAACACAGAUAAUGUGAGGUGAAGACCAUAGUCCAGCUGCCAUGGUGUAGGUCUAGAAAGCUGGACUGUUGAAUCGAAAGUAAAGCUAGACUGUUGAAUCGAAAGAGAAGCUGGACUGUUGAAUCAAAAGCAAAACUGAACUGUUGAAAAUAGAAAGCAUUUUUUUGUAACCAACUGAGCCUAGGUCAUGACAAGGUUUCGGAGGAAGAGUUUGCUAUUUAGCUGUCGGAGAAAUGCUAAGGUUUGUAGAGCCUCUGCGAAGGAGGGAAUUGUCAUAGUUUGCAGGGCAAACUAAAAGAUAACUAGUUUGGUGCACAGCGGAGGUUAUAGAAUUACCUCUGCUUUUGGAUAAAAUUUAAGACAUUCUUUUAUGGACAUCACAUUUUGCUGUGUGAACUGAAGGACAAGCAGAGUUUGGCGUGCAGCUGAAGAAGAUCUGCUAGGUUGAAUGACGGCCGCUGGCUCACCAUGCCGCACAAGCUCGAGUUCUCCGUAUGUCGCUUCACCAGCGAGGACGCGGAGGGGCGGGCGCAGGACCUACAGCUGCAGGGGCCUGGAGCGCGCGGUUGGCGCUCCGCGAAGUUCUCAAUUUACCCCCAAGAACUCGUGCUGCAGUUCAGCGAGCGCGUACAUCUGACGCGCGUACAGCUGCUCUCUCACCACGCUCUCGUCCCUGAGCGUGUACAGCUGCUAAUAGGGGACACGCCCCCUGAGGGGGAGAUGGGGGUGUUGGGGGAGGCGCAGUUCACCCCCCUGGGGUACGUGGGGCUCAGCGACAACUCCCACACGGAGCACAAGGCACGUGAGCUCAAGAGCGUCAACGUGGACUGCACGGGCACGUUCCUCAAGCUGCUCGUGUACAAGAACUACGUGAACAAGCUUAAUAAAUACAACCAGGUUGUGUUGCGGCCUUCUCUGCCUGCAGCAGGCUGUGCUGCAGCCUACCCUCUGCAGCAGGCUGUGUCGCCGCCGUGUGCUGCCAUAGCUCAAUCCUGCUCCUGCAGCUCACGGCCACGCGUGUGUGUGCACACAAAGAACCAUGUGUGA